AUGGAUGAAGCCAUGGUUCUAGUUGGAGUUUACUUACACAAAAUUCAAAAUAAAAAUAUCUUUUUUUAUUUUUAUUUUUCAAGCUAUUUUAUAUCAGCUCUUUUUUGCUUAAAAAUCCCAAUAAAAACUUCCAAAUUGUGGCCAAAGUUAGAUAAAUUAGGCUGGGGAAAUUGCCAAUCUUUAGUUUUCAUUCAGUGUGGAUUAGUAAAAUUUAUUUAGGCUCUUUCUGCAGCUCAGGCUUGAAUGCUUUCACAGAGCUUUGUUCUGAUCGGCGCUGGGCAUUUAUGGGAUUUAAGCUCAACCAUAAAAGGAUUAAUUGGGAGUUGUCUUCAGAUAGGAAUGUUAAUCGGCUCUUUAGUCUUUGGAACUUUAGGCGAUAAGCAUGGGAGGAUUUAUUCGUUUAAGAAGUGUGUCUGGGUCAAUGUAGCGGCUUGCUUUUGUCUAAUUUUUUCAUUUCACUACUCAAUGAUGAUGUUAUUUUAUUUACUACUUGGGAUUGGAGUUGGAGGAGACUUAACACUUGCCGGGACGACCUUCAGCGAAUUUUGUCCACCUGAAAAGAGAUGGCUUUUAGCUGGAUUGUCAUGCUUUUACCCAAUUGGUGGAAUGAUAGCUUCAGGAAUAAACUUAUUUGUAUAUGGAGUUAUUGGUGAUGAAGACCAUGAUUGGCGGUAUAUUGUUGGAGCAUUUUUUAUAAUUGAGCUAUGCCUUGCAUUAUGAAGAUUAAAAUUGUAUGAAACACCUGCUUAUUGUGCUGCAGUUUAAUGAAUGGAUUUUAAAAUGUAGAUUGUAUAUCAUUUUUAUUUACUCCCCCCCCCCUUUAAAUUGAAACAAAAUAUAGGUAAAAUUCCUACUUUUUUGGGAAAUUACCCCCCCUUUAAAUUGAAACAAAAUUUUAUUAUAAUAGAAAAUUUUAUAGUAAAAAAUCAUUAUUUUAUAUGUAAAUACGUUAAUACCCUAUUUAAUAUGCUUCAAACAUAGGCAUUGCCAUAAAAUUAUAAUGUUAUUAAAUAUAAUUUACUCAAUUUAUUGUCUCUUUAAAUUUAUAUAAUUUAUUUUCUAUAAAAUUUUAUCUCUGAAAAAAUUUUUUUAUAUAUAAAUUUUUUUAUAAAAAAAUUUUCUUAACCCCCCUUUAAAUUGAAACAAAAUUUUUUGUUUCAAUUUAAAGGGGGGGGGAGUUAGAGAAAACGUGCUUUUUAUUGGAGUUAAGGAAAAGGAUAAGCCUUUAUAAGAUAUAUAUUAUGAUUGGGCAAGAAUCUGAUGCUGAAGAGACUUUAAAAAGAAUUGCGAAAGAAAAUGGCCAAUUUAAAAGCUUCACAUCCUAUCACCAAGCAUAGUUAAUGUGGCUAAAUGUGUCCUUGAUGGCGAUGCACUACAUUGGUCGCAAAAGUCACUUUAUGGCAAGCUGGGCUUGGAUCCUUUAACUCUAACCAUUGUCCAUCUAAUAAGAACUUUGCGGGGUAGGUAGCCCUAGGAGUCAGCUGGCGAUAACUCCAUGACCAGGUAUUGAUAUCCGGAUUUUUGGAUCGCGGCUUUUUUCCUUCUAUUUUCGGAGGGUGUAGCUCUUUUUCCUGUAUGUCACAUUGCCCAAAGGUGACCGGCAAGAAGGUAUCUGACUGGCUUUUACCUUCAUAGCACACAAUGGUUUAUUACCAGGGGUUUUCGUAAAUCAUCGACACUCUUGGGGAUAACGGUACAAGCCCUGUUUCUAGAGAAGAUUACUGCUUCAAAUAGCUGCCGAAUUUCUCUCAGCAAAAAAGUUAGCAUUGGUCAAAAGUGUGCGGAGGCACAGAUCUGGAAGACGUUAAGACUCUUAAUUUAACUUAUCACCAAGCUAUGCUUUCUAUUGUUCGCAGAGAAGAACUAGCUUCCAAAAAAGAAAAACUCGAAGGAUUUGAUCGCAUAAAAUCCUUAUUUUCCAAAAAAAAUAGAAAAACGACUAUUUGUAUCACGCUAGUCAAUUUUUUAACAUUUUCUGGCUAUAUAAGCCUCUUAAUAUUUAUGCCCACCUUUUUAAACGAUUUUUCACAGCUACAGAUUUACUUAAUCAUUCUUAUGCAAACAGUAAUCGCGCUUCCUGGAAAUAUUUUUGGAUCUUUCCUUGUGAGGUCAAAAUUUGGAAGAAGAAAUACUCUUGCGAUGGGCCUAAGGCUCUAUAGUUUAUAUAAGGAAAAUUUCUCUGGAGUUAUUUGGUCGAAAUUUAUCCCACAUUUGCAUGGCAAAACCGUUAGUUUUGCAAAGUAAUAUCUCAUGGGAAAAAUUUUGGUCAGGUAGAUUUCUAGGUAAAUUUUUUACCAAAAGACUUGCUGUGGGUCUAGGAAUUUCAGGAACUUUAUGCAUAUUAUUCUUUAUCGAUGUAGGCGACGCAGUCGUAAUAUUAAUUUAGACAAUCGGUUGUAUUGCAAUAAUCAAUGCUUUAAUUUUGAUUUCAGUUGGAGCUUUGACUACUAUUACUGCAGAGUCAUAUGAUACUGAGAUAAGAAGCUGUGCUAGUGGUUGGCACACUGCUUUUGGUAGGCUGGGAGGGAUUGUAUCUCCGAUGAUUAUUGGAAGAUUAUUAGAUAAAACCAAUUAAAUUGAUGAUUAAAUGCUUGCCAUGAUCAAAGACCAUUCCAAAAUAAAAAAAAAGAUGGCAAAAAUCAUACUGAAUUAUUAAGUUUUAGAAUACUUCUAAUGGUGAUACUAUAUCUGUCACAAUUUUUGCAAUCUGCUUCUUCUUAGCAGGAAUGUUUGCUUGCCUGCUAAAAGAAACAAGAAAAGUUCAAAAGAAAGGAGUUUUAAGGAUGACAUUGCAAAAAUCAAUGGCGAUACAAUCUAAUCCAAGCAAGUCUCAAGAUACUUAG